AUGAGCGCCUGGAUGAACGACGCCGUCCCCAACCACAAUGGCAACGGCUUCCCACACAUGAACGACCCCAACGCUGCCGGUGCCAUGAUGGAUCCUUCCGCUUUCAUGGCUAACCAGGCCCAAUUCAAUCCUGCCCAGUUUCCCAAUCAGCAGCAGAUGGCAGCCGGAAUGGCUAACGGCCCCGGCCCCAUGCGCAAUGCCUCGCCUUCUUUCCAAAACCCCGUCUAUCAAACAAACUCGGUGAUUCCAUCAAAACGCCCUCGUCCUCGCGAAGACAGUCUUGCAGGCUCGCCGAGACAGAAUCCCGGAAUGGUGCCGACGUCGCGUUCCGAGACGCCACAACAACAAUCCUUUCCUGGCUUCCAGCCCGGCGCGGUAUCUCAGCAGAACCCGGGCCAAUUCUCCCAUCUCCAGCCGAACGGCUCAGCCAACGCGAGUCCCUCUCCGAUCAUGGGCAAUCAAAUGCGACCAGGUAGUGUUCCUCAGAGGGUCGCGACCGCGUCGCCGCAUCCUUUCUCGCCGAGCGCGCAACAGUUCGCCCCUCAAGCAUCGCCAAUCCCCUCCGAGCACGGCACUCCUCAGCCGAAUCCAUACAUGCAAAACAUGCCUCAGGGCUUCAACCCGAACUUCGCUCCAUCUCCUUCGAAUGCGCGACCGUCGCCGAACCCGAACGCGAUGGCUGGUGGCCAGAUGAUGCCGCAGCAGAUGGGUCAAAUGCCGCAACACAUGGCUCAGAUGCAAAACAGCAUGUAUCCGCCUCAGAUGCAGCAGGCUCAACAGCAGCAGCAGCAACAACAACAGCCGCAGCAAGCCCAGCAGCAGUCUCAACAACCUCAACCGCAGAACCCGAACCAGCAACAGCCGACACCUCAACAACGCGCCCAAGGCCUGACCGACCAACAAAAGAUGGCCGCCUACCAGAUGCGAUUGCAGCAGCAACUUCAAGGCAAUGCCCAGAUUCAGGCUCAGAUGCAGGCGCAAAACAUGGGCCGAGGGAUGAUGCCUAAGCAGCAGAUGCCUGGUAUGCCUAAUGGGCAGAUGCCGCAAGGAGCUAUGAGGCCGCAGCAGAGAGUGAUGGCAAAUGUGAACCCGGAGCAAUUCAUGAAGAAUCUGUCGGCAUUAAUGAACGCCAAGGGUCUUCCACUCGAUCCUAACCCGAUGGUGGGAGACCGUCCCGUGAGCUUGAUGGUGCUCUUCCAGGCAGUCCAAAGCAAGGGAGGCUACAAGCCCGUAACGGCUGGUAAUGCGUGGCCUCACAUCGCUCAGAUUAUUGGACUGCCACCGCAAAUUCCCACAGUUCCCCAAACGCUGAAGCAGAUUUAUGAGCGCAACCUGUACAAAUUCGAAGAGGCACAGGCACAGGCCCAAGCUCAAGCUCAAGCCCAGGCCCAAGCACAAGCACAAGCACAAGCACAGGCACAGGCACAAGCCCAAGCCCAGGCUCAACAGGCUCAGGCGCCUCAACCUCAGCAACAGCAGCAGCCUCCGCAUCAGCAAAAUGCCAAUAUGGGACCGCAAGCAACACCACAGAAGCAGAUGCAACUUGGCCAACAUAUGAACCAAGGCCCCAUGGUGCAGCCUGGCCAACCGCCGCAGAUGCAGCAGACCCCUAUGAAGCAGAUGCAACCAGGCCAACCUCCCGUGAACGGCUUUCCGACGCCUCAACAAGCCAACGCGGUCAUGCCAGGUCACAACCGGAACAAUUUAUCGCAAGUAAUAGAUGCAUCUGGCGUGAACGAAUUUGCUGCCCUCUCUUCCCCGGCCCCGCGCCGGAUUGGAAGUAUGUCCCAAAGCGAUGGACGCCAGGCUGCGGUACAACCGGGGGUCGCCGUUGAGCAGCGAAUGCCACGCCUUGGCCCCCAGUCAGACCAGUACAGCCCAUGUUCCCGCGAGCUUUCGACAUAUGGAGGAGUCGACCUGAGCGCAUUUAGCAAGCUUGGUGCUGAGCUGGAGAGGUGGAAACCGGACAUUCCUCCGAUUCAAGAGUUGGGCAACAUCGAUAUCAGUGCCCUUACCCGGAGCUUGCAAAGUGGAAUACACGGCGAAGUUCGCCUUGCCCUCGACACCUUGGCUGCUCUCUCUGUUUCUCCCAACCAAAAUCACUUUCUUCAGCUCAGAUACUGUGAUGAUCUAGUUGACGCGCUUAUCGAAUGCGCCGAGGACCAGGUCGACAUGUUGGCUGAGCAUACUGUUGAAGUCUCCGACGAAAUCCAGCUGACGUGCUACGAGGACGUUGUGAGGGCUUGCCGUAUUGAACGAUUCGCGGUUAAAGACAUUCCCGUCUUUGGUACUGCGGAGUACGAGCUAGAUCGCGCAGUCGACAGGCUAAUAUGCGUCACGACUAUUCUUCGCAAUGUCUCGUUCCCCGGUGACCAAAACGACAAUCACGGCGUGCUUGCGGAUGAGCUUGUCAUCAAGUUUAUCUGCGUGCUCAUCCGAUACCUCGGAACUCGCACCAUGCUGCUACGGUCGCAGGCCAAUACUCUGGAUCUGAUGAAGGAUCUUGUUGUUCUCCUUUCCAAUAUUGCUGGUUCGGUGGAAAUACCCGGCCGUGAACAGGCCCUCUGUCUUUUGCAAUUUCUCCUUACGUUUGCCCCGGCCCCUAACCCUACGAUCUCUGAAGGCACACUCUACUUCACACCCUACGAGCCUAGUCUUCAUGCUUACCUGCCUCACGCCGUUGAUGCUUUGGCUAAGCUUCUUGCUCGUGAUGAGCCAAACCGAACCCACUAUAAGACUGUCUUCGCUCUGGAUUCUAACAGCACUCCGGCUUACGAGCUUCUUACACGGGCGUUUGCCCUCGCCAUCUCGCCGUUGCCCGACAAGGGCAAAGAGCGCAGCCGACCAUCUAGCUUUCCCUCUCUUGUGGAAGUGCGGAAACCUUUCCUGAUGCAAGGACUGUUGUCCGCCGAAAUCCUGGCUUCAAUAGCACCUGGCCAUGAUGCUGGCGUUGCUAAGGCUUGGCUGACGUGCGGAAACGGCCUCGCACACACUCUGUAUAAGAUGAUCCGGGAGCUCAGCCAGCUAUACGAGCAGCCUCAGGGUCAUGGAGGACCUCGCGCCCCGCCUCGAAAGGACCCAGAGCUGGUGUACAUUGUUGUGGUGACAGUCUCAUUGCUGAGGAGACUAGCAGAGAAGUCCAGAGAUCCCAACGAUCUGACAUCGUCCCUUCCGGCAAAUACCGUACCGGCACCACAGGCCCUCCUUGACUCGUUGUCCAUGCCUGCGCCGGAGUGGGCCAAGGAUGAUGUUCUCCAACAACUCACAACCUUUUUCAACCUGGGCAAAUAA